GUCUAAGGCAAACAUGGAGCCCGCUUUGGCAAAUUUUGAUGAAAGUUUUGAAGAUGGAGAUGAUUUGGAUGAUUCAAAGCUUCCAUCUUCUGGCUAUGAAUAUCUCAGGAGAGUUCAGUAAGUAUAGACCUUUCAACACAAAAUCUAAGGCCGCCGCCGAUAAGCUGCCGUCCGCUCUGCUGAGCGAGAGAAGAAGAACCCACAGAUAAGCCUUAUCAGCUUAUGAAUAUGUUUUAAUAGAAUUAUUUUUUUAAUAAGCUUAACUUAUAUUCUUAAUAGUUCUAUUUUGUCUGUAUUUAAUUUAGGACUUCACUGUUUUUAUUCAUUUAUUUAUCAAUUUAAUUUAAUUCAUUUAGUCUUAGCUUAUUUAAUUUAAUUAUCUUUAUUCAACUACAGAUGUAGUUUAGCUCAGUUUAUUUGUGUAACAGUAAAUAGCUUGGUCUGAUGCUCGGUGUAAGCUAGAACCUUUGAAACGGAUGACUGAUGUGAGACAAAGGAAACAAAUAGGUCAGCACCAUAGAACCUACCAAACCAAAAGAAGUGCAAAACAAAGAAAAAGUUCACAGGUUCAUAUGCUGAGGUAAACCGGCUAGCUUAGUAGCAGAUCCACAUCAGCUUUAGCUGCCUUUGUAACCCAACAAACUAUGUAUGUAUGCAUGCUUGUAGACCGCAGGUUGAAAGUUGGCUGGACAGAAAGACAACCUGUGUUGAAGCAAGUACAUGUAUGCUGGCCACUUAGAUUGGGAAAAUGUUUCAACUGUGCAUGUUUGCCAAUUUUAUUUGGAAGAAUGUCCUAGUAACUGUAUUGUAAUUAUGAAAUCUCUGUUUGAAGGGAGAUGUUUGUAAACUUGUGAAAUCAAUGCUAUUAAAAUUAAUGUGUCUGGCAUGUUUUUCAUCAUAAGCAGAGUUUUGUUUAUAAUUAGUGAAUGCAUGGUAAAAGUUUGUGAAAUUCCUGUCACACCUCCCUGGACUCUAGCAGCACUGAUGUUAGGACAUGAGUUCCUCUAUUUUCUUUGCUUCCUCCUAAACCAUCCUCUGGCCCCAAAGUAGUUUUGACACUCAUCCAAGAUGGCCACCUGUAAUGUACAGUCAUGUAAAGCGCUCAAUCUCAACAAUCUUGUGGAAAAUAGGGGACUGUGAACAGUCUGAGGUCAAAUUCAAACAUAAUGGACCAAGAAAAAAACAUAAUUAUUCCUGGAAUAACAAUAAUAUUAAAUAAUAUUCUUCUUUAGAAGAAGCAUUUGAGUUUUUAAUGGAGCUUAUUCAUAGAGAACACAAAACUUUACCAUAAUCGACUAGGAGAAACAUAAUUGAACAAAUUUACAUUUGGAAUGCCAUGACUACACUGUAGCUGUCUUUCCUGUGAAAUGUCCCUUAGUGGCAAGGAGCAAGGAGAGACAGCUGUAUUCGCAGGCUAUUUAAAAAGUUGCACUGCACGUAUUAAAAUCAAUCCGUCUCCAAUUACACAUGAUAUUAUAUGCAAAGUUUACUUGCAUGUUAGUGUUUGGGGAUAUUUUUAUAUCAUUAUUAUUUAGCUUUGUCACUGUCUAUUUGAGUUAUACAUUAAAAAGGAGCGUGGGUGUCUUUUGGUCAAGAUGUUGUACUUACUGUCUAAGGGUUCGGUCGACUUUCUAGAGCCAAACACAAGCCCAAAUCAACCAUGAGCCACAAGCCAAGCAGGAUCGAGCCAACCUCAAGUCAAGCCCUAAUGUUAAUUUUUUCGCACUUUUGGGUGGCUUGUGGUUGACUUUGAUUCGCGUUUGGCUUGUGAAAUGACCCAACUCACUGUCAACUAAUAUUUAAUUAUUUAUAUUUUGCCAGUCUUGAAGCCAUGCAGUGUCCUGAUGUUGUUGUAGCCAAUCUUGACACACACAGUUUUCUAGGCAAGCAGACUGUUCAUGUCAGUGAGGUAGUAUAGUACUGUUUUUACCAUAGUCUUUAGAACUUCUAUUAUAAAUAGCUCAUACAUGUAGUAGACUCUGCAGAGGAGAAAUCUUUUGAGAAACAACCACAGGCUUCCAACAGUGCUAGGACUUGGAACAUCUUGAUUCUGCUACUCAGCUCUACUGUGUGCUGUAUGAAAAGAGGUGCUAGUCCCAGGGGGUACCCUCUUGUAAAAGCCAUAUAGGUAUGUGCCUCCCUGUUUCGGUCUGAAAACAGUAUAGAAUUUGUCCAUAUUUUUGGUCUGGAAUUGGGUGUGGUUUUCAAGCGAACUGCAAGAAUGUAUAAAAAAUUAUUUGUCAUUUCAAUUUCUUAUGUCGAAUAAGAAAGCAAGAAAGAGUAAUAUGCGAAUUCAACUGCAACUCUACAACAACUUCAACUGAUUAUUGCAAAUUUUACAGCAAGCAAUAUCCACUGCUCGCGGUUAGCAGAUUAGCUAGUAAAAAAUGUUAAAUAAAUAUUAAGUAAUAAUAAAUUAAAUUCAAUUAAGUUUACAGUCAUAAAUCGAAAUAGAUUUUGAGAAAUUGUUUGGUUGGCAUCAUAAUUUUAAAGUAGUGGUGACAUAAUUCCUGCCUACGUGAACAUGUAUAUUGCGUACCAUGACGUCCUACAGGUCUGAAAACACCCGGUAUGGAGUUUAGAUGCCAGGUCUGAAAAUGGGUGUGAAAAAUGAUGUGUUUUGGUCUGAGACAGGGUCUGGAUUUGGAGAAUUGGGUGGCACCUGUCCCCAGUAAUUAUAAAGCAGAAAAGAGCUAAAUGGUUAUGUUAACCGCAGUUUGGUAACCAUCAUCUGGUCUUGAAAUAAUUUCCAAUUCCUGGCUGGUGUCAGUCAAUAAUUAUGCAAGUUUUCCGGUAAGCCUAGUUUUGCUUGCACGCAACCCAUUUUUGGCCAGAUGCAAUCCAAUGAUUAGAUUAAUUGUACUCGAUUGUGAGCACCUAAGAAGGCAGGAAGACUCACAAAACCAGAGCCUACUUUAACUGUAAGUUCUUUUUAAUAAUAUUUACAAUCAUGGCAAAAAUUUCAAUGCACUGUACUUAUUCAUUCAACUUCUUUGAUAUUAUGUGACCCUCUUUCCCCCACUUUGGAUCAGUAGCAUCCAAAUGCUCUAAAUGUAUUAUAUUUCUGAAUAAUUUGUUUUUUCCAUAGAGGUCUGGUUGGUCACCAGCUCCUGCUGGAUUUGCUCCCUCAAUUGAUUGGCAGAUGCAGCAAACAGCAGACUUUGCAGAUAUCAGACAGGUACCACAUAUUACAUGUAAUAAACUAAAAAAAAGGUGAUGUCUAUUCAGUACUGUAACUUCAGUUUUCUGGACCUGGAAAAAUUAAGAGGUUUCCAGGGUUGUCACUAAGAUUUCUAGUUGCCAGGGAAAUACAAAAAACAGGUGGGGAACCAAACAGCUAGGGAUUUCUUUUCUUUCUAUUUUUCUUCCAUUUUCCUUUGAAAGUAGCCGGGACCACAUUCAUAGUAGCCGGGGAAAAUCCCCGGCCCCCUCAUCUUAAUGACAGCCCUGGGUUUCUUUAUCAGUAUUAUUACAUGUAUUAAUUAUUAUUUUUCUUUUAAGUAAUGAUCCGGUAAGGUUGAUAGCAAUUUCUUUUGUUAUGCGGCAACGGUGCUUUCCCCACAUAGGAAUGUUCUCAUUUUUACACAGAGAAUGUAUAAACCUACAUGAAGGCCGUUUAUGCAAUAAAAUGCAUUUACACUCCACUUUGAAAGGGUAUUUUUUUGUGUUAAAAGAUUUUGACCAAUCACAAGAGUUGAAAACAAUAGCCAAGAAAAGUUUACAGUUUUACUUGUUCCCCACAUGGGAUUUCUUCGUUAUUCAAACUGAGACCAGAUUUUGUUAUAUGGAAGAUGGUUGGAAAGUAAAGAUGAAUAUAUGUACCGCUUUAUUAAGUUUUGUUAACUUUUACUGUUUAAGCCAAUCAGAAGUAAGUACAGACAAUAGAAAAGUUAGCACCUUUUUUACAUUCCAAGAUGUUCGUUACCGUUGUUGCUAUCGUUCUUAUCUGGACCGUUUCUUAAUUGCAUUUUCGUAUUCAUCUGUUUCUUUUCUCACAUAAUAAUAAUUAUAAAUAAAUGGUUAUUAUUUUAAAACACUGCCUAUAGCUAAGUAUUUGCAAUUUUUACACUGUGGAACUAGGUUUCUUUUCAUUUAUAUUACUAGAAGCUGGCUUAUCAUCGUGCAAAAUGGAUUAAAGUGAAUUCCACUACUCUUGUCUUGGUAAGCUAAAAAACAAUCAUGUUUCCAAGUAGGCUGAUGCUGAGUGUAAUAAAUGCUGUCUGCUAUGGCCAGUGCAGUUUACCAUUAGGAAGGUUCAUUUUAUUUAAACUACAAUAAUUAUUAAAUAGUUUAAAGAGAAAAUUAGAAAAUUGAAGGGUUUUUCAAACGUUGUUUUAUUUUAUGAAAAUCAUUGCCUUAUCAUUGCUUUCAGUACUCACAGCAGAGAUAUAUAUAGCCUUUUCUGAAAUUGGGGGCUUACAUGUAUGUGAAUAUCUUUUGCAUUUAUAUAUUCUCUGGUUUUAAGAUUUGCCCUUGCAGAAAUAGCCUGCAUGCAACAUGUGGGCUCCUUUUUUUCACAACUUUUCAUUUCCAGCAAAAUCCCAACGUAGGCCCUCAUGCACAGAUCUUUUCAAUUUUGGAGGGGAACUUAUGCAAUAUAAUAUUGUUUUAUAUCAAUUUAUCUAUAGACUGAAUUACAAGUUUCUGCAGCAUUAGCAUCAAUAUAGGCUUAUGGCUUUUAGGUUAUUUGAAAUAAUAAAUUGUCUAUGUACCAUGUAACUUGCUGACACUGACUCAACUCAACUAACAAGGUAUUGUUUCUAAAAAUAGGGUGAAUUAUGAUUAGCUAAUAAGAAGUAGUAAUGAUAUCUAAUUAAAUUUGUAGUACAUAAAAAUCAGUACUUCAGCUGGUAUCUGCAUGAGACCUUUUCAUUUCUAAUUCAAUGAUCUAUUUGCCAGCCCAAGAAGAAUGAUUCAUUGGGGUGGUGUCAAUUUUGCCUUGGAGAUAAGGUUGCGUCAAAAAUCUCAGAUAGCAGGUAUUUUUUAAUUUUUUUAAUGACUGUUAGACUGUGAGGAUGUGUCCUGGAUAUUGCUGGGAUAAUUAAGUGGAGUAAAAUCAAUAAAUUAGUAAAAAUGUAGACUUCUGCAGUGUACAUGCAGUGGAAAUUGAACCUAUGGCUGUUUGGAUGGAGAUCUGUUAGCUACAAUGGUCUUUAAUUAACUUUAUUGUUCAUCCAAAAUAUUUAUCCGGUUCAGAUUCCCUCUGCUAAUUGGUUCAGGUAUUGAACGGAAGAAAGGAAAAGGGAGGUACAAGUUUGGGUACAAGUAGGCAUCAACUUUGUUCGUGGAUCCUCUCCUACUCAACCCCCAGAGGUCCCCCUGGAGCAAGAGAGAGAUCAUGGAAACGAGGUUGGCGGGGCACGUGAAAACAUGAGUUAACUCUUGAGGACCUUAUUUCUCCCCUAUCUCUUCCCUUUCAAUAGCCACAGAAGCACUGUGGGGAUCCCAGCAGUACCAACAGUAGACCUCCUUUGGCUUUCAAGCUUUGCGAUCCUGAGUCAAAGUGCAAUUUAAUUUUAUGCUAGAGAUGGGAAUUCUCUGGGUUGAUUAAUUUUGCAGUAUUCUCAUGGAAUUGAGUUUUACCUCCAUCAUGUGUUGGUGUGCUGUGAAUCAGUGAGCUUAUUGAUUUUGGCAAUAAGGUUUUCUUGAGGGUGCCGUAUUCAGCGACUCGGGAAUCUGAGCUGGCAGGCUUUAAAGGAGCAGUGUCACAAAGUUUAUUAGAAUUCAGACAGAGGAAACUGCCAACAAAUUGAGUGAAACAGAAAAAUAACCUCUCAAAAUGUUAAAACAAGGAAUGAAUAACGAAGCAUAUACGAAAGGAGGCACGGAUGGACAGACUUGAUUGAAACGGAUUGCAAUUGUGGUUUUCGAAAAGUUGUUUUCUUGCCCAACAAUUUUUCAAAGUUAAUUUAUGUGGUGAAGCUCUGAAAGGUUUCAGCCCAGGAUUUAUCUCAUAAGGAGGUUGAGCAUGAUUGUCCGGGUGAACAUAGUCCUGAAUAGAACUGUUGUUGACCGUGUCUGACGUUUCGACAACCUGUGCGCGGUAGUCAUCUUCAGAGUCAAAGUGAGUUGUAUCACGUCAAUUGAUGGUAUUGAAUUUGGCUAUUAACAGCUUACAAGAAGAGACUAACUACCUAAACAACGUUUUUCGACACAACAACUCACUCUGACUCUGAAGAUGACUACCGCACAGCUUGUCGAAACGUCAGUCACUGCCAACAACAACGGUCCUAUUCAGUACUAUGCUCAACUGGGUGAUCAUGCUCAAGGUACUUAUAAAUUUAUCUUGUUUGACAUGAAGCUGUGCUUUUGUCAUUCACAAGCGAUUUUUUCAGUUUCCAUAAAAAUUAUAGCAAACAAGGACGCGCAACAAGCAUUAUUAACAGAAUGAACUCCGUGACGACCAUGCAGACACAGCCCAUUUAACUGAACACCUGAUGUCAGAGCUGGCUUCAUUAACAAACUCAAGCCACUUUUGUGUAAUUUUAUGCUUGUAGGCAUGUGCAUAUAUAAAAGUAGAAAAGCUUAAUUCUUAUGGCAUUUUGAUGCAAAACAUUAUAAUGAUGUUUUUCAAAACAGACAAAAGAAUGGCAAAAGUACUCCGAAACAAACAAGUUCAUGUGAAAACAUUUCCCUACCAAGCUCAAGUCAGGUAACUAACUAAUCAUACUAAAUAUAAAUGAACUGUGGGAAGUUUUAAUGUGAACUGUUUCCCAGUUACUUAUUGUUAACUAUUUGACUCGAAAGUCAUCAGGCUCAAAUCUUUUACUCAUUUUUAUUACUGAUAUUCAGUAUUUUGUGCGUCCACUCAAGUGAAUCUUUUUCAGCAGGAAUAUCACAAAGCCACAUUGUAACUAUCUCUGAAUUUUUUUCUGAUAUUUUAGUCUAACAAUGAAUUAUUAUUUUUCUUCUGCAGGAAUUGGAAGGAACCCCACCCUUACUAAGUGUACUUCAGGGCAUUAACCAGGUAUUUUAGAAAUAAUUGCAUCUGUUGAAAUAAAUAACUUUUUUCACAAUACGCAAAAGAUUUCAAAUUCGCAAAUUUCUUCCCUCCCCGUUAUAUUGAUCAGAAAACUGGUCACGGUUAUUCAAAACUUGGAUAGCGCUAUCCACGGGAGAAAUCACUGUUCAGCAGAUAAGUGUUAGGAAAGCCAGUUGGGCUAUUCACUGGAUUAAGAUUUAUCCUGUGGAUAGCGUUAUACGCCUUUUGAACUACUGGGACCAGAAGGUAAACUUGUAGUUAGAUAUUAGCAUGAAUCAAAAAACUCAAUCACACAUGUCAGUCCACCAGAGAAAUUACUAAUGCGACAUAUUUGCUGGCGAGCCUUUGCGAGACAGCACACCGCCUAUUCGGUUUCUUUUGUAGGUACCGAGGCACAGAUUACGUACAACAAAAGAAACAGUAUAACCAAACAUUAAAGCCCCCAGGAGAACUCUAUUGUUUGGUUCCGCCAGGCGAACUAUAUUUUUUUUGUUUAUUUUAACUCCAAAAAGGAGUUUAAAGAACUCUUUUCAGGAGUAAAAGUGACCCCAGAUAUUCAGGAGUUAAAAUAACCCCAAAAAGGAGUUAUCCUUUGUGUUCUUUGGAGUGAUUUCGAAGGACUGGGAGUAAAAGAACUCUUUUCAGGAGUAAAAUGACCCCAAAUUCGGAUUGUUAAAAUAACCCCAAAAAUAUCCUGCCUAAAAUUUUUACUCCAUUUUCGGAAAAAUAACCCCUAAAAUUUGUCAGAUGUAAGAUCAGAAGCAUGCGCAGUCAAUUGGUUUUUAUAUUAUGAGGGGUAUUCACUCCUGAUGAAUCUCGAGGAAGACGAGAGAUUUAUAUUUGUUUGGCUGAUAUGUUUGCGAUUCGCGAAUAAUGAGAGUGCGAAGAUAUCGAUAAACUCCUCCUUUAUGGAGAUAGUUUUUUCUCUGUGCAUUCAGCAGAAUGAAGUGCCAGGCCAAAAUACUUCUAUUUGGGAGUUAAUUACCGACUCUUAUUUGCUGGUAUCGGAAGAAAACGGAGGGAGGUGCGAGGCACACUUCAGCUGUUCAACGCCCUGUGUUAGGGUGGGAAUGGAGAAAGAGGGUAAAUGAUGCACCCCCCCCCCUGGGAUCGUCCCUGUCAACCCUACCGCAGUUUUCAUCUCCUGCAUAGUAGAGUAGUGUCACUUUCGGUAUUUUAAAACCUAAAACCAAUUGUUUGAUUUAGAGUCGGAAACUACGUGCAUGUAAAAAGCCUUUGGAAAGCCCCGGGUUGGGCCGAUGCCCGAGCCCCGGAUCGUGCAUACGCUCUAUCACCGUACCGACAAGAAGCGCGAAUGCUCCUUAGUUUUCUUAAAUUACUUUAAACAAAGUAAUAUUCAUUCUUGGAUUUAUUUCACUUUGCAGGCUACUUUGUUGCAAGUUUUGGAAUAUCAUGUAGCUUGGUUGGAAGAAAUUGGCUUUUCUCAUCACCAGGUAAAAUGAAUCAAAAUUGGAUCUCCCAUCCCAUGUUUCGGGCCCGUUACCUCUAUAGAAGCGAACCCACUAUUGCUUAGAUUUCGAGUUGUAAUCACCGUAAGAAAUCCAAAACUGGCAAAUGGCUUCAAAAUUGUUCCAGAAGGGAACAGACAGUACAAGACGCAAAGAUAAGUCGUUAUCUUUUAUCAAGCGAAAUUUAGAACGUAUCUUUUUUAUUCUCAUAGAUUUUUUUAUAAAAUCCAAAUUCCAACAAGCUUAAGCUGUCUGUGGUAUAUUGUAGCCAGAGCUAUCUAAAGGACGGCCGAUAGAUAUCUGGGGACGGAAUAUGAACCAACAAAAUGGAGGUUAAAAUCUGGCUUAAGAUACUUUGUUUUAGUGUAGUUGUUUUUCCCGCAGGGGCGCUGGUUUUACGCUCUUCUUGUUUGCUUGGAAAAACCUCUUCUCCCAGAAACCACAUCUUUACUGCGCACACUCGCCAGGCUCUGCGCAACAUUGAGAGCAUCACUGGUAAGUCUGUGCCUUUUGAUCCUACUGGUGAUCCUCUGCGUUCGAGUCUAACUCUUAACCUCGAUUGUAGCCGGUGUAGUGGGCCCUUGAGAAUUAUGGGACGAAUAUAGGACGGGAAGGCGCGCGAAAGUGUCCCCAGACCCGGUGAAUUGAAAGUGUCUUAUCACUGUGUAGGAAACGGGUAAGAUAAUUUGUAACACACACUUGAGGUAAUCCUGUUUGAUGAUCUGAUUAAAAGAGCAUAUACAGUCACAACGUUUUUUAAAAUUUAGUUUAUGAAUUUCUUGACUACUUUGUGUCUAUACAAACCUCUUUGCGUCUUAGCGACACCGCUGAUUGAAAUGAGGCUCUAAUGUUUAAUAUUGAGUGAGUGACUCACAGGGUCCGAAACUGUGACUAAUAGAAAGUGUGACGCCAUUAAAAAAAAAAAGAAGAAGAAAAAAAGAAAAAUUGAAAUCAUGGAAUUUUUCGGGGUAUUGUGAAAGAACAACAUCUAAAAGGCCUGCUUGCCAAAAAUUAGCAUCCCAGGGCAAAUUUUCUUUGAGAUAUAAGCCCAGUUACACUCUGAUGACCCCAUACAUCCUUCUAAAUUUGACUCAGUUCAUAACGUUAGGAUCCGACGUGACCGUCCGUCCACCCCCUACUUGAAAGCCCAUGUCAAAUGUCACAUUUCAAGCACCCACACGUUUUGGCGGUAAAUCGCAUUGCCACUCGGACUUCCAGAGAGAAAAAAAAUAACAGCAAAGCCGAAUCUUUAGUCUACAUUUUCGUGGAUAACAGAGAAAGAGCUAGAACGAGAGAUACAAAACAAAGGAGACGAAUUUCACUGGAACAACGACAUGAAAAUUAUAUAGCGGCGGGGAGAAGAUGAGAAAUGCUGGCGACCAGCGAGGUGAAAAUCAGCGGCAAUUGAAAAAAAAAAGCAAAAAGGAGCACAAGAAACAAAAUAUUUUGUGAGCACAUGCGAGAUUGUCUUUAUUAAAGGGUGUAACUCAGAGGAAGUUUCAUGCUGUAGUCACGCAAAACAACGGCAAAGAAAUUGAAAAAACUGUUAUGGACGUGCAAAGUCUUUUUGUUGUUCUCGUUGCCGUCGCCGUUUAGCAUUACAUCAUCUUAUUUUUUGCUCCGCUAUGAAUGAAGAUGUCAGGGCAUUAUAAGACGCUUUAAAAAACCUAAACACACGACCGAAAGAGCACAUCAAGAAGGACUCCAGUAGAUAUAUUAUGGAAAAGUUCUGAAAAUUCUGAGCUUAAGCCAAAAUAGAAGCUCUGGACUUUUCAGUGCGGAGAGUUCUCGAUCGAUAGGAUGAACAUGUCAAAAAUCCAAGAUUGUGGGCGUAAAUUGUCACCCAUUAUAUUUUUGGGUAAUCAAAUGGUAUACUCGUGAAAUUAGGGAAUAAAUUCACUUGCUUUUUGUCUAAAUACUUAUAAUUUAAGCUCGGUUCAUUAUUAGAAUUUUGACCAAACGCACGUGAAAUUAUUCCCUAAUUUCACUCGUCACCAUUUGAUUACACAUACUUAUUGUUCAUUUGCGUUAAAAGUCCGCAUUACCAGAUGGGUUGUUUUGUUUUUACUCUGUUAAUUCCAGUAAUUCCUUUAAUUGACUAGACGUUUAUAGUCUAAAACAGAGUCAACGUACUUUAAUUUGUUACAAAAUCCCUUUAAUUAGUUAAUCACGUCAUUCUCUCAUUUUCAGUUUAAUUUAUCACGUUAUUUGGUUUUUGAAUCCUUGUCCUAUUUUUUUCAAAAAAUCUCUUUAAUUAUCGAAUCAUUCCACACAAUGCUAAAACGUAUAUUAUUGGCUUAUAAUAAUACCCCCAAUUUGUUAAUGAUUUCAAUGCCUUUAUUGCUGUAGUUAUCCCUUUAAUUAUUCAGUGAUUCGUUUUCAGGUAUUUGCGGUUGAUUUGUUUAUGCAAUGUCCUAUUGUUUAUAAAGUUAUACCGUUGAUUAGUUUAUGAUACAAAUGCCCGGUUGCCAUAGUUACUGUUGUUAGAUACCUUUCUUUAAUUAGUUAUUGACGUCAAUAAAUCAUUUUCACUUUAAUGCUGUUAGUUGGUUGGGGAAUAUCGUAUUGCGAAAAAGAGACCAACCACGAAGCUGCACAGGUAGCCUUGUUUGUAAAAUCCCUUGCUUGAAAGUAUUCGUGCAGUUGAUUCACUUACCCAUUCAUUUGUUUGUAGCCAUAUUUGGGAUACCACAUAUAUGACUGUCCCUGAAAUAUAGAUAAAUAAGCACGUUUAAGGAGCAACACCCCGCACAAGCGCCGCCCUUACUUUUUUGAAAGCGGGAAAAAAAUCUUGUAAACCACAGUGUUGGGUUUUGUUUUCCUCCGUUUCGUUCGUGUAUUUUCUUACGUUAAUCCAAAUAUUCCUGUGAUUAACCAUGCCCAUACUAAAAGGAAUAUCUAAAUCAAUCUAUUCUCUUCACCCCUGCGAGAAAUCUAAGAACUACAGGAAGUAUCGCCAAAAGCUUUUCUCUUGCGCAAACAGGUAAUACUGGAUAGUUCGGGUGGACAGUGUAAGCAAUGAUUGGUUAUUGGUUGCCUUGGAGACCAUCGACCAGCGAACGAUACCUGUUCUUCCUGUAGUGUUUGGAGUGGCCAAUCAUUCGUGCGCUAAUGGGACGAAAGGCUGCACGUUCCUCGGCCUGCACGCGUUGCCCAAAACAGUGUUAUAUAACAUAACUGGGACUUUCAGAAGAUUAACAUAACUCCUUUACUUGUUAUUGGUCAGGCGGAGGAAUCAAAGAUUUAAUGGUAUUUUUUAAAACAAGUGAAGUCAGUUUUAUAUCAAUACCAAGUAAGGUGCUCCCUGAACAUGAGUCUAGAAAUCAAUCUUGAGGAUUUCCCAAACUUGCUUUCCGUUUUCGAGGAAAUUGAACGUAGAGAAUUGCGGAGAUCAUUUCCCAGUGCUGAUCCUGAAGUGGAAAACCUCCUCGAUCGAGAAAGGAAACCAAGUGCCUUUACAACGUUGGAAGGAAGGCCAGAAGGGCCUAACACUGAUCGCGAGUUGUCUAAGCAAGAUGGAAGGCAAAGAACCUCUUCAGCAAAAAAAAUACCAACGGCAUUAGCUGGCAAAGCAGGGGAAUUGCACAAGUCAAAUAGAGCAACAGAAACUUCAGGGAAACACAAACGCCUCAGCCGACGCGCCAGUGAACCAGUCCGUCAGACGUUGGACGUAUCACAAUCGCGUUUUCGAAUUCACAGCGCGCCGCCGUAUCUUCCUGUUGAUCGUGACACGCUGUUGACAGAUAGACGAUUUACUGACGCUGCUAGGAACUUAAGUGACGAAGAACUGGCUGAGUUGUACGAAGAUAUUUUAAAGCCUUUGGAUUUCUAUGCCAUGUUGCAUGAAAGGAGAAAGCAGUCGUAAGGAAGGGAAUAAGGUAUUACAUAAUAGAAACUGUACAGAACAUUAAGCGUAAACGUGGAAAGGAAAUGAAAAGUGACCUUAAGUAUAAAUAAUAACUGGCUACUUGUUGUCUUUUCAAGUUUAAAAAAGCCUGCUUUUUACCUGGUGAUUAGGUCAUUGCAUAACGUUGUCAUUUGGCGACAACUACCUCAGAGAUGUUUUACUGCUAUUUCAACCUCCCCGGGCCUUGAUAAAUUUCUCUGGUAGUUUUUAUUAUGAAGUCACAGUCGCCAUAUUGUUGUGCAAAGCAAUGAAAUAGCGGCCAUACAGGUGUACAGAAAAAAUCCUCAGGGGACUGAUUUUUUUUCUCAUGUUAAAACUUUAUUUUGUUCCAAGAAAUUUGAAUAGCUGCUGACCGCCCGUGACGUCAUGGCGGCCAUGUUGGUGGUCCUCUGGGAACAAGACUUCAUGCAUUUUCAUGUAUUAAAUUCUUUGAAACAAUUUUUGUAGUGGCUAUAAACCAAGAAUAGUCAAUGACGUCAUUCCGAAAAGGUACUUUUGAGCGUUGGCGCAAUUUCUCGUGUUAUUGUGAGGAGUCUAAAUCUCGGUACUUAUUCCAGGUUAGCCGACAUUGAAAAGGUAUUGAACAUCUUGAGACAUGUAAGGAUUACAAAUAUUACGGUAAAUAACCAUGUGUUAAGCUUACAUGGAGUAAAAACCAAUUCCGGUUUUCCGAUCUCUCGUAAAACUAAGGCAAAUGGGGUAUUGUUAUGGUUUAAAUUACAGCUCUUCGAAGAACUGAAUAAUAGCAGUGAGACUUGAACGCAAAAUGAGAACUUGAAUUUGUGGCUUUCUUUUAAACCUGGUUUUCCUGAAUUUUAUCACCUCUCUCUCGACCAGUCAUAGUGAACGCUUUUCCACCCAAUCGAUACUAGAAUUUGCUAUUCACUAUUCUCCGUACCUACCCGGAAUUAGGAAUUUCCGGGAUGGCUCGGGGUGAGCCCCUUUGUUUUUAGAUAGUUAUGUUUCGCCGCAAAUUGUAAAUAGAGUGUGUUACUGUUCGUUGAAAGAGAUGUCCGGCCAUAAUUGUUAAAGAAGGAGAAAUACUGAAUAAAGUGCUUAAUCGCUUUAAAGAUGUUUGCAUUUCUGGGUGGAAGUGUCGUGAUAAAAAUACGUAGUCAUUAUCAAGAAUUUCGCUCUUGGCAGUUAUCCAGUUUCCAUAAAAAAUAAUAAUAACCAAAAAAAAACAAACAAACAAACAAACAACAACGCCAGCAACUGCUAAAACUCGAGAACUUUCCGUCAGCCAUCUUGCGACGUGAACAACCUGCUUAACCAAUCAAGAGCGAGAAAAUUUGAUGGUAAAAAAAGUCAAGUAGUUUGGUCAUAUCGAUUACAAAAAUUAAGAAAGACAAUGUUCUCCUCGUUUGCCAAUCAGCUCUGAGUAACAUUACCGGCUUUUGUUAUUAAGUUUGUAAACGUAUACAAACUUACGCGUUUACUAGUUAACGAUAUAAACAGUCAGUUAUCACCAUUAACGUUUGCUUGUGGUUAUAUUUGCCUUGUCUUAUCAUAUUGGUUGCCCUGUGGUCUGGGCGUAUGUGCGAUCACGUGGUAAUCAGAAGUUCACACCAGAUUUUCUUACCCAUAGUGCCCCGGACGCGAGGCUUUUGUUAAUGACAGUUAUCUAUUAUUGAACAAAUUUGAGCAAAUAUUGUGAUUUGUCAAUGGUGAGUAUAUCAAUUCUUUUAGAGAUGCCGAAGGCAGGGGCAAAUGAUUGAUCUGAGCAACAGUGAAAAUCACGGUCUUGAAGGUAGGUUUAUUGCUGCCAGGAAACGGGACUACCUUUUCCACCGUUCUCUGUUUUUUCCAAAAAUUUUCACUGGACCGACCCAUGUUCCAUAUACGUUGCAAGUGAACUUUCUGGAAACGUUUUGAAAAUGGUAAAAAAAACAUGACAUGGUCAAUAUUACUCAAAGACAGGCUAUUUGUGCAGCAAAACAAUUCAGUCUUUCUCUUUUGCAUAUGUUUGUAGGCACUUAUCUCCAGGUGACGCAAUGAUAUCUAGACCAAUCAAGAAUUUGGAAAAAAACAAAUUGAAUGAUAAUGGGGAAUAUUAGAUGCUAAUCCCCCUUUAAGGGUGUGGUUUUCGGUAAUUGUUAACUGAACGGUAUGCAAAUGUAAUUCACUUGCCCAGUAAUUGAGAUUGAGUUACAGCGUACGGUUUGAAACAAGCGAUAAUUUAAUUAAGUUAAUUUGCAAAAUAUGAGUCUGGUUCUUGAUAUCAAGAAUUUCCCAAAUUUAUCAUCUGUUCUCGCGGAGAUUGAAAAGAAAGGACGUCGACCUGAAAAUUUCACGGCAGUAUAUUCAGAAUUUGAACAACUACACCAACAUGAAAGGAAACCGGCAUCCUUCACAGCGAUGGAAGGAGACUCAAGAGCAUUCAUCGCCACAGAUUCCCUGUUGGCAAAUUUUGACGACGAAGUACGAAAACCUAGAUCGUCUACAGUUACAGGCGAUAUGAGAACCUUCAUCGAGAUUGAUCCCGAGGACGUAAAUUUAUACAGUUUAGAGAGAAAACCAAGGUCCUCUUCAAUGAUGGAGCGAGGCGCCGUAGUGGAUGCCAAAGCAAGCGGUAGAGGAGGGCAACAUAACCCGUUUAGAUUGGGGCGACGGAGUAGUGAUCCAACUGGGCAGACGUUGAAGACAGCUGGUUCGCGAGUACGAAUUCACAGUGCGCCACCUUGUCUGUCUGUUGAUCGUGAAACGUUGUUAGCAGAUAGGCGAUUCACGGACGCCGCCAAGAACCUGAGCGAUGAACAAUUGGCGUUGUUGUACGAAGAUAUUGUAAAGCCUUUGGAUUUCUAUGCCAUGUUGCAUGAAAGGAGAAAGCAGUUUUGAGAUAAGGUAUCGCCUUGAAGUUUGGGGGACACUUGAUUUAAAGAGAUUGACGGCAACGGUGUUUAAUUUUGCUCUCUCGAGAGGAUUGAACUCUCUGCUUUUUUUUGUAAAUUUCAUAAUAGAAUUUAGUUUUUACCUUUUUGUAAUGUGGUGUUCAGGUCAAAGGUUUUUUUAGAAGAACAUCACUUAAUUGUACCAUGUUGUACCGAGUGGGGAUCUAAAGAAAGCGUUAGUGGCACUAAUUUCGUAAUAUAAUCUUGGUUAGGUUAUAUGCUUCUGUCUAGGUUUAACCUUUAUUUCAUACCUACGUUAAUCUUUUAGGAAGUUUUCUUCUUGUUUAAUUUGUUUCUUAAAGAAACGAGUGCAACCCUAAUCUGAAACGCCAAGCCAUUUAUUGUAUUUUGUCGACUAAAAGGGUCAGUUUUCGCAGAAAAACCUCAUAUAGAUGAGAAUAUAUAUAGAAUGUACAGUGUGGGAACCAGUAAUUCGCCAAGCUCUUCCAUGCAUUGUGUCCAUUGUGCUUUGCCGAUAACACUUAUCACUAUUAUUGGUAGCGAACUGAAAUUAAGCGUAGAGUCAAGGCUGAAGUGGGGAAUACUACAAAGAUAUCUGCAGGAGGGAGGGCGUGUUCCCUGGUACUCACCUUGGUAACAAUACCUCAUUUUAUUGAGAUCAACCGAGAAGAAAGGGUUAGUCAGGGUGGGGGAUGUGUUUUGUACGUCUGUAUAAGCUGUAAAUCUAGUCCACUCAAAUCCAUCUCAUUGUGCAAACACAUAAGCGCAUUGAGUUUGUAGCUUGCUAUUCCCUUGUUUACAUGUGUAUUUAAGUAUAAUUACUUAGUGGCCAGAUUGUAUUUUUCUGUUUUGUUUUUAAAUUUAUCUUUAUUUACUGUAUUAUAGUGAGUUUGAAACAAAGAGUGAGAUGUAAAUAUAGUGGUCUAUAUCCUGUUCCUUGGCCUAUCUUGUUAAUGUCAUCUAAAUGGAAUAUUGAAUGAGUACGUAGUGUUUAUCCAUAAUAGCAAUAAAUUAAAUUUGGUUUAUAUGGAAGCAAGCGGAUAAAAAAGAGGAUUAAGCCGGAUUCGAAAAAAAAAAUGAAUAAAAAUAAGACUACGAAUGUCAAGUACAGGUAAUAGACUGACGGUAUGUAAAUUUCAGCAUGUGGUGAAUCUAUACAGUCGUCAUCGUUAUUUUGAACAUCCUGAUUCUCCGUGGCUAAUAGUUCAGAUAUCUGCAAGUUUGCGAAAGCUUGAGAAACAAGUUAAUAGCCCGUCAAACGAAAAGCAAACUCAACUGUGACCAUCUGAAAAUCACCGCCAGCAGUGAUUGAAAAGAACUCCAACUAAAAACGCCAUUACUUCGACAAGUAUACACUAAAACAUAGCAUAUUUUUGCCAGAGGUCUAACCAACCUCACAAAUCCGAGAUUAAAUAAAGCCUCAUUCAUUCAUUCAUUCACUGUUUACACUAGUACACAAAAUUUGUUAAAAGUUGUUAUCACUUUUGAAAUUGGAAAUUAGACUCACUGGACUAUAUUCUUCAUAGCUUGUCAGUGGGGUGGGAAGGGGGGGUUUGGUGGGGCCUCAUUCUUCGUUUUCGAAAGGUCUUAUUUAUUAAACUGCGUUUGGUUACUUUGCCGUAACGGGCCUUCUAGAUAAUUGAUUGAACCCACAGCUGUCGAUCAGUACCAACGGGGUCCGGUACCACUUAUCGUAGUUAUACACCUUAUUUGUACCGAAACCAGCCAUUAGCGCCUCAUUUUGAACUGAAUCGUCCCAUCAAGAACCCAUCAACUUUCCUUGGCGGACUCGCUCUUGAUUUUUUGGCACUGCUACGUUUAAAUAUAGCCUGAAUUGAACAGCUGUUACAGUUUAAUUUAAAAUGCACUUUAUUGAAUUGAACUGAAUUGAGUUUCCAUGUAUUUAGAACAAAACUACUCGAAUUGGGGACACUAUAUUUUACGUCUCCUACUGGAGACGGGACCGCCAUUUUAGGUGGUCAUCCGAGCCACGCGAAGGUCUACCCGUUUGCAGGGCAAAGGAAGUACCUUCAUUUCUCAGUUGUUUUGAGACCCUGGGUACUUGGUCCGGCGCCAGGAAUCGAAUCCGCGACCUUCCGCUCUGCAGUCACGCUUUCUACCGACUGAGUUAAUCCUGCCGCGGUUUUAACACUAUAAUUAUUGAAAUUAUGAAUAUAUGAAAACCAUAUAUGUGAACCGCGGAGUGAAGAAUUAUUUGAAGGAAGAUCAUCGCAGUUAUAUACGCAACUUAUGCAGUUGCGAAAAGAAAUUCCGUACAAGCAUGAAUUUUUUUUCAGGCUUUCUUUUCGCAACUGCAUAAGUUGCGUUAUAUAUAACUGCAAUGAUCUUCCUUCAUAUAACACUAUAAUUAUUGUUAUUAUCUCAGGAAUCUCCUUACCAUGAUCUGGUUUCCCCGCUUAAUUUGCUCAUCACGCUAGUUUCCAGGUUGGUGAAACAGAUACCCAAGUUAUUUUUUCUUACUUUCUAGUCUUACCCGUUUUGUUGUCUAGUAUAGUUCUUUGGUUCCUAUAAGAGACGAACGGAGAGCAUAUACGAUAUGUUAGCUUAAAUCGCGCUGACCAGACUGAUGCGAGUGAUGGGAGCAAGGGUGGCGCGGCAGUCAGUGUUGAGAGCACUCGCCCAUCACAAGUGGGGCUCGGGCUGAAAUCCCUGUGUCAACGCCAUAUGUGGGUUGAAUUUUCUGUUGUUUGUUCUCUCCUUUGCCUCCAGGCCCCAGUUGAUCAAAAGGUGGGUACCGCCAUCCACCGGAUAAACCUCUAUCCAGUGGAUAGCGCAAUUGGUUUCCCUAACAGUUAUCCGUUGGAUAGUAAUAUUUAUCCGGUAGAUAGCGCUAUACAACGUUUGAACAACUGGGGCCAGAGUUUUUUCUCCGGGUACUCCGGUUUUUCGCUCUCCUCAAAAACCAACAUUUCUUAAUGAAUGGUAGACGAAGAACCAAUUUGUCGAUAUGCUUUAUCGAUCCUCUAAAUUGUUAUUUAUAUUUGCUUAGGUUUUUGUUUAAGUUGAAUAAGUAAAUCUAAUAACCCUAUAAACUAAAAUGCUGCGAGUACACAGAAGGUAAUAGGUGAUGAUGAUUUUAGAACCUUAGUACUACCCUUAAGACGCUACUUACUUAUAGUUCUUGUAAUAGGCUAUUUUCUUGACAGACUGACAAAACUUGCGGUUUAGAACAAUUACAACACAUAUAGCUGGAGACAUAAGAAAAUACACGGCCGAACCUCCUAUAAGGGACCACUCAAAAUUCGAAGAUUUAGUGUUCGGUUACGAGAAUCCACCCUUUAGGUGUCUUCCGAAAAGAGAUCCGGACACAUCUUGUCCAUGGAAGCAAGAGAGGAUAAAGCUCUAUGAUUCUUUAUCCUCUCAUGAUGGAAGAGAAUUUAUAGCAUGCAAUUUCUAAUUUGAGAUAUGUGUAAUUCCACGCUGUCACUGAAAGUUCUUCGUGUGCUCUAAGUGGCGUAGUACAUACAGCGAACAAAGAGAUCAACUGAUGCAUAAAGUGGUGGCUUACAAAAUGUUAAAAAUAAUGGAAAAUUAUAAAAGCGUCAGCUCAAACAAUGAUCGCGGUGGCUUAUCAGAAGUGGUCGCUUAUGAGAGGUUCUAAUUAUAAGGCUUUGACUGGGAAGUUAUGGGAGGUUAACCGUACAAGCACAAUCAACUCUUGCCUUGCGGGUAUCUCCCGGGCGCUGUGACGGACAAUAGCGUAAUCUUACACACGUUUUACUUAAGUGAACUCUUGCUUUUACGGACUGUUGCUAUUAAGGACAAUAACUCGUGCCCGGAGUAAAGGAAGUUGGCUGCGACUGGCAAUAACAAAGUUUUCUUUUUUUUUUUUUAGGUAUUUUGGGCAAAGUGACUUAGCUGAUCCUGGAUAAUUAUUCUAUAUCUAGAGACAGUGAUGUGAGCGUUGAGAUAAAGCGACACACAAGCUUCCGUUGUCUUGCUUUUUUAUGUAAAUGCGGAUCGUACGCAUUGCCGACCCGCGAAGAUUUUCAGAAAGUGUAUGAGAUGCUAACAAGAAGGCUUUUUGCAUGGGACGCGAAACAGUGAGAGUAUUCAAGUGUUGCUGGUAAAUACUAAAGCUUCCAGUCUAUAAGGACAAGGAAAGGGGUGGGAUAACAGAAUUAUCUGCCAGUCUGUUAUGUAGAUGUUGUGGUUCAUAAAGUUGGCGCUAUCCGGAAUAGUAUCCUCGCAAACUUUCCUGUUCAAGCUAAGUAUCCGAAACUCGAGUUCUCAGAGCCUUUUGGAACUCUCGCUUAGAUGACGUGUACUUUUGUUGUCUUUAUGUAACCCGUAUUAGAUCUUCAACGGACGGUGAACUCGUCGGCGCGCGACAAAUGUAGAUGCCAGGGUAGUGACGGUUAUGCUAUUAAAAGAAAAAUGGUGGUGGGGGUAAAGGGCUCUCACUUCUAAUACUUUUACGCCGGCAGCAGGCCAUUUUAUGGUCAUUUUUAUGGUCGUGCGUUUGAAUAGAAUCAAGGCAGGCGGUGACCUUAAAUUCUUACAAACCUUUCUGUUUUUCACAUGUUCACGGCCUUGGUAAUAUGAAUAUAACAUGAUUUGCCGAUGACUCGUUCCCAGUCGUCUCUCAGGCCGCUAUUAAUAAUAGGGACUUAUAAGAUUCAACGACGUGACGGCAAAGAGAACGUCGCUUAAAAAGUGAAUUUGCGUUCUUUCAGUCUUUAUCGCAAUUAUUCCUACCCACUUACCUUAUCAAAUGUAGGCGAGCCCUCCUGGAAAUGAAUUCCAAGGGACCAUAUCCAAGUUCAGAAAGAGAAAUAGCAUUUCGUCGUUGCUUGUUUACGUACUCCAUAAAACGCGAAAUUAGUCAUUUUCACGUCGUAGUCGUGAAAAAACGGGUAGAGAAAUGCACAAACGAGCGUGAUGCACGUGCAAAGUUGUUGUUUUGGUUAUAAGACCUAUUGUUUUUUUUUACGUUUUCGUCGCCGUCCGCGUCGUUGGAUCUUAAAGUCCCUAAUUAACAAGAGACUCUCCAGAAGCCCGGUCGGCCUGCCAUUGAUUCUUUCGCCGAGAGGCCGCAAUAGUCUCUCGCGGCCGUUCCGUGACCGCUUACAAAACACUAAGAGACGACUGGGGACGAGUCAGAUUUGCACAGCUACGACGGCAAAAGCAACGAGAAGGGCAAGAUAGCAAUCAUUGCUUGUUCAUCAUGCUUUUUUAUACAUUUCGCUGCCGUCGUUGCGCGACUGCGACGUAAAACGUCUUUUAAAACUUCACGUUUAAUGGGGGACGUGAAGAAAAAACAACGAUUUUCUAUUUAUUUUUCUGAACGUUUAGAAUU